AUGGGGAGUUUGGAGAAGGCAUUCAAGCCCCUCGAGCAGCGGAGACACAACAUCUUGCGGUAUUGCGGUGUCUCCCAAGAAAUCGCCCUCAAAUACCUGUCCUCGUACCUCACAGCAACCGCCACCAAAGCGCAUCUCCUGCCCAACGCGCGCCUCGAAGCGUCCGGCCCAACAGCAGGCUCCAGCUCCUCCGUCACACUACACAAUCUCCAGCGCGUGGAAGCGGGGCUUAGGGGCGAAUGGCUGGCUCCUACGUUGCAGUUGAAUGAAGGGGAUGGUGAGGGGGGAGAUGAGGAGAUCGCGGGGCAGGGAAUGGAUGAUGGGACGGCAGUGGGAGCGGCAGAGGAGGGGUGGCAGGAUUUAGAGGAGUAUCAACGGGAGCAGAGUAUUGAGGUUGGGAAUGUGGGGGGUAGGGAUACGAGUCGUACGGUUGAAUUGGGGAAGGAUGAGGAGGUUGAAGUGGCUGAGGAUGAUUCCGAGGUGGAUGUCGAGGCGCCGAAGGCUAAGAAGGUUAAAACGAUGCAUAAGCCUGCGGAUAAGGUGGCCAAGUCAGUAGACAAGGACGCCAGGAAGAAGGAGAAGAAAGCUAGGCAGCUGGAGGAGAAGAAGCAGAGGACGGCCGAGAAGUUGAAGAAGGCGGAGGCUUGA